AUAGGAGUUAAUAUGUGAUGGGUGCAUUACUCCGAUAUUUCUGACUUCUUCGAGUAGUAGUAAAGAUUACUACUACAUGAGAUGUAGCAUCAGCUCAUGCAAAUACUAUCUUCACUUGGCGUGCUUCCGCUUGCCAACUCAGAUCUCCUUUCUUCCUCUCCUCCACAGACAUGAUCACAGCCUCCAACUUCAAUCCGGUGACAAUCGUAUACCAUGGAUUCGGCAACGAUGCAACGUCUGUCAUGAAUAUACGAAUGGUCUGUAUUAUGUUUGUACAAAAUGUGAUGGCUUCAGAGUAGAUAUAAAGUGCGCUUCAAUGCCGGACACCAUAUAUCACGCAGCUCAUCACCCGAACCAUCUCCUCGACCUUCUCUCCAGAGACGAUGCUCGUAGCUUAGCUUACUUCAAAUGCGAUGCUGGGUGUGAUUCAAGUCCGGUUCUUAACAGAGCACCAUACAAAUGCAGAAGCUGUGAUUUCACGGUGCACCUCAAAUGCGCAGGGCUGCCGGAAUCAGCCACCAGUCGUAGAUGGGACAAGCACCACCAGCUCCAUCUGACGCACGAUGCCACUCGUAACCGCCCUGGUGAUUUCUACUGCGAUCAAUGCGAGCAGCAAAUGAAUCCCAGGAGUUGGAUGUAUCACUGCCGCAGCUGCGAUGUAUCCUUCCACCCGGACUGCCUCAAAACUACAUGCGGCGAGUAUAGAAACAUCAAGAUUGGUCAAAAAUAUGUGAUCGCCGGAGCUCACCACCACACACUCACCUAUCAACUUCUCACUACAAAACGCAAAUGCAACACGUGUGGUGAGGAUAAGCAUGAGAGGCCUGGAUUUUACUGUGCGUUAUGCAACUUUUUCAUUUGUUUCAACUGUUGGUUCUCUGAUUUUUGGAAAUACUUACUCCGUCCCGAGGCAGAUCUCACACUUCUUAUUGAAAAGAUAGUAUUUUCUCCGGCCCACAAAACACACACACACAAGAUGAGUGGAAAAGUAGAAAAUGAGCUAGAAGAGGAGGAGGAGGAGGAGGAGAGAAAGAUGCUUAAUCAUUGGCACAACGAGCAUCCACUUUCUCUGGUGGUGAUUGGUAGAUAUUAUAACUGUGAUGGUUGUACUGGGACAUUUAGAAGAGGAGAAAAAGGCUAUAGAUGUAGCCAGGAAUGCUUGGAUGAUGUGAUACUACAUGAAGACUGCGCAGAGGCGCCGAGGAAGAUCAGGCACGCAAUGCACCCUCAACACACACUCACUCAACAAUUCUCUUCCCCUCGGGAUCGGGAAACGCGCUGCUCUAUCUGCCAGGACGAUUUACGACGCAUCCUGUACAGAUGUACGAGCACAGAAUGCACGUUUAAGGCGCAUAUCAGGUGCGCACGGGGAAGCGACAUGAUGUGUGCAGCCGAAGAUGAGGAGCGCAGCAUCAUACAUCAUCCGAGUCACCCCAGCCAUGAACUGAAGCUGUUGAGGAGGAGCUGUGCAUUCAAGUGCGAUGCUUGCGGAACCAUAGGGAGCUCAUGUUCAUCCUACACAUGCCUUGAUGUUGAUUGUCAGUAUUGGAUCCAUGAGAGGUGUGCUUCCUUGCCUCGUACCGUUCGAAGGGAAGACCACCAUCACUCCCUCUCUCUCUCUUUCCAUGUCCCUCCUCAAUAUCUCAAGUAUAACUACCGCUGUGAGGUGUGCAGAAAAUUUUUAACAUCCAAACAUUGGAUAUAUCAUUGUGAGCUUUGCAGCUAUGCUGUCCAUCUCACCUGCGCCUUCACCAAAUAUAUCCCCACCAUGAGAGAGCAAGGGAUUAUGCAGUUUCCAAUAAGUGAUGGGGUUGUGGGAGAGGACCUAAUUGGAGCUUUUCUAAGGAGACAAGGAGUUGAUACACAUACAACAAAUUCACUCAUCCUUGAUCAUCAAGAUGAUGUUGAUUAUAAGUUCCACCAUCACAAACUCAGAUUAGUAUCCUCAUCAUCAUCAUCAUCAUUUCAAGAAGAAGAAAAUGGUGAUGACGAUGAUGAUGAGGAAGACUACUCUUGUAGAAAAUCAGAGUUAAUAUGUGAUGGGUGCAUUACUCCGAUACGUCUGAAACAAACAUCAUCUUCGUCUUCUUCUUCAUUUUCAGGUAGUAAAUACAUGAGAUGUAGCAUCAGAUCAUGCAAAUACUAUCUCCACUUGGCGUGCUUCCGCUUGCCAACUCAGCUCCCCUCUCUCCCUCUCCUCCACAGACAUGAUCACAACCUUGUCCUUCGAUCCGGCGACAAACAUACACCAUGGAAGGAGACAUUUUGCAGCGUCUGCUUCAUUUAUACUAAUGGUUUAUACUAUACUUGCGCAAAAUGUAGUAGAUUCAGAGUAGAUAUAAAGUGCGCUUCAAUGCCGGAAACCAUAUAUCACGCCGCUCACCCUCCACACCCCCUCAACCUCCUAUCGCUACAGGAUCUCGACAGACGAGGUCCCACUCCAACCGAGUGCGACGCUGACUGUGAACACUUCAUAUGCGGAAUCAGAAGCAGCUAUGCGUGCAGCGCCUGCGAUUUCGUCGUGCACCUCAGAUGCGCGGGGCUGCCCACCUCAUCUGCCAGCUGUCGAUGGGACAAGCGCCACCCGCUGCUUCUAAUGCACGACGCAACUCUAAACCGUCCUGGUGAAUUCUACUGCGAUGGCUGCGAAACGAUAAUGAAUCCCAGGAGCUGGAUGUAUCGCUGCCGCAGCUGCGACGUGUCCUUUCACCCGGGGUGCUUGUUGACUACGACUGGCCGGUGGAGAAAAAUCAAGUUUGGCCAAAGAUAUACGGCCGCCGGAGCUCACUGCCACGCGCUGACAUAUCAAAUUCUCACUACGAAACGCCGUUGCAACGUUUGUGGUGAGGAUCAACAUGAAGACCGUGGAUUUUACUGCGCAUUAUGCAUCUUCUUCAUUUGUCUCGGCGUCCAUUGUGGUCAAAAACUGAUCCAAGAUGGCAAACUUGAGGCCCUAGAUUGACAAGUAAAAGUUCAUUUUGUACUACUUGUGUUUUUUUACGAUAUGCAA